AUGGUGACAACCAUAGUGGCCCUGAUUGGUGGAAAUAUGGGAUAUAAAUGUUGUAAAGGAAAAUUUAAAAAUACAAGAAAUAAGCAUAAUAUCAAUAAUAAAGGAAAUAGUGUUUGUAGACUGAAUGAUCAUCUGUUACAGCUUAUUGAAAGAGUGAUAAUACCCACUGUAUACACAGGUCAAGAAACAAUUUUUAAAAAAUGUAUUGAUCACAGUGAAUGCAAAGUCAAGCUCCAAUUUCUGACAAUAGAUUCGAAUUCUCAAGAGGGAAAUUAUAAAUCAGAAGUCAACAGUAAACCAAGGAAGGAAAGAACAGCUUUCACCAAAGAGCAAAUCAGAGAGUUAGAAGCUGAAUUUGCCCAUCACAACUACCUCACCAGGCUGCGGAGAUACGAGAUAGCAGUAAACUUGGAUCUUACUGAAAGACAGGUAAAAGUUUGGUUCCAGAACCGACGGAUGAAAUGGAAGCGGGUAAAAGGGGGGCAGCAAGGGGCCGCAGCACGGGAAAAGGAACUGGUGAACGUGAAAAAGGGCACACUGCUACCCUCAGAGCUUUCUGGCAUUGGUGCAGCCAGCCUCCAGCACACAGGGGACUCUCUAGCGAAUGAUGACAGCCACGACAGUGAUCACAGCUCUGAGCAUGCACACUUAUGAUAAAGCAUGAAAGAGUCACGGCUCCAUUCUCAGGAAAGAUAUGCUAACACAGCAAGCCUUACACAGACGUUAUUGACGUAUGCAAGCGACUCUGGCAAUAAAACAAAACUGGAUGUAUGGUUUCUGCUUCUCUUGGAGUCUUUUUUAGAUGAGUUCAGUAAGUGCCAUGCCUUAAAGGUGCCUUGUGAGCAGAAGCAAAACAAAAAAACAAACAACCCCCCCCACCCUAACUUGCUUUUGAACAUUCCAGUUUUAUUUGUCAUUUCAGUGGAAAUGGGCAGGUAUUUUUUGCUUUAGCUUGCACUGAAAAUGCCAUUGUUCUUAAUAGAUUUAAUAUUCUGUGGGGUGGGGGGAAACUUUAAAAGCCACAGUGCCAACAGAAACACUGUCUAGUGGAUGAGAAAUAUAUUUUAACUCUGUAUAUAUCUAUUUUACAGCAUUUUUUCACUCAUUUUUAGCAAUGCGAUCAUAUUAGCUGAUGGCAAUAGUCACUCAUGACAAUAAAUGGCUUUUUUCUUCUCUCUCUCUAUUUUUGUUUUGUUGCCCACAGAUAUGCAUGCAGACAAUUGAAUUUGGAGAGUGAACAAUGCGUGAGAGUCUGCUAGGGAAAGUCCUUAUACCACAGACAAAACAAAUCUUAUGUUGCAUUUACUAUCAACUUGCUGCUAAUAGGAAUUUAUUAAACCUUGCUCCUCAGAUCUUCUUAUUGUAUAAUAACAAAGUUGUUCUUCUGGGAUCAUACAAGAUCUACCAUUCAUAUUUUUUACAGUUUAUUACCAUGAACAUUUUACAUGUGUGUGACAUUUUGGCUCACUGCAGCUGUUGGCCACAUGCUGUGUAUUCCAGGGUAGCUCUGGUCAGCUUGGUAUAAUUGCCUCAAAGGAACUGAGUUGUGGAGAGUAGCUAGUGUUCAUAAACUAGACAUUUUUAUCUUCAGUACCAUCAUUCAGACCUCCUCAAUGCCACAAGGGAGAUUUGACUACCCCGGUAAUUGUCAAACAAAUUGAUUAAACAUAACUCUGUAUCAAAGUGCAAAGGUCAAGGCAUCCUUUCUUUUCCAAGCUUGU